UUGGUCAAAUAAAAGUUUGGAGGGAACUUGCAGAAAUAUUUUUAAAAAUGAGUCAGCUUAGUUUUAAACUGAUAUUUAUGUUCAGCUUAUGUUUGCAAAACUGUCGGCCACAACUGGCUCCCUUUUCUGAUCCCGAGCCUUUGGCGAAUAACGAGGUCUAUUUUCCGGGCUUGGAGGACGACUUGGACUGGAGUCGGGCCAACUGGCAGCUGGUGAUCCGCUGGAUGAUGGAGCGCCAGCAGCUGCGUUUCUGCAUUGCCCUCGCCAGAUUCGAUGAGCGGUUGGUGCCCGGAACGGCCUGCCAGGCCCUUUUGGCCAACGGGCCGCUCAUGGCCAACUGCGACAUUGGGAACAUCGAGGAUCUGACCAUGACCAUGCGCUACGCCUUUGGCGAAAUUCUGUUGGAUACCAGUCGGAAGUGUCGCCACGGCCUGGAGCUCUUUGGAGUUCGCUGCCGGCGGAGGGCGUAAUCGGAAACCUUCAGCAAAGAAGUUUUAUUUUCAUAAAAUGCCAUUCGGGUUUCCCUUUUAAACAGAAACAGAAAUUAUAGUACAGUCGCACUGAAAUAGAAUAUCCAAUACCUUGAACACUAAGAAACACUGCUGAUACAUUUAUGGACUAGUAUAGAACGAGUAAAUCAGUUUUACAUUAUAAUAAAUAAUUUAUUUACUUCUU